AAAUAAAAAUAAGUUUGUGAAGCACCGUAAUUUGCCGGAAGCAAAAAUAUGAUUCUACAGCAUUUAAUGCAUCAUGUACGAAGCCAGCUGAAUCCUAUUCUUUGUGCAAGCAGACAAAGUUCCAUCAUAAUACCAACAGUUGUACAACGGUUCUUGUCCACUUCUUGGGUCGUAUGCCGGAAAGCUGUUAUAAAACGUGAGGAGUACUUCUUGAAAAAAGAUAACAUACCUGCAGGAUUUAAUAUCAUAUAUCGUGCACCUAUGCAACACUAUCUUUCCGCAUGUAAUAUUGUAACAUCGUUUAGCUUUUUGGCCGUCGGUGGUAUAAGUGCGUUCACUCUCAUGAAAGACUACCACAACAUAGUGGUACCGUUCGAGAUCGAGUUUGCCACACUAACGGCAAACGAGACGGACUUGCUGUACUUUUUAGGGUUUUUCUUUCUUAUGAAUGUUGCCAUUCGAAUCGUGGUGAAUCGAUACCCGCUCAGGAUAUACCAGAAUGGAAAGCAAUAUCUUGCCGUCUUCGAAGGGCAUAUUCCAACCGUUACGAAGCAGUUGGAGUUCAAGCAGGGUGACGUUGCUCCCGUACCACCGGGUGGUGUUUUGCCGUGGCAGGAUGCGAGGUAUAAAAUUAACGAUAAGCAAGUCCUACUGCUCGAAGAUUACUUUCGAACUCCGGCGGACAUGAACGUUAUGAUGAUGCCACCAAGAUCGAACGAGGAGUAAUGUAUGUAGCAAAAUUUUA